GCGGGGCUCAGGUGCCUGGCAGCGCGGCCGGGGCCCAGGCAGGGGAGGGGGCGAACAGUGGAGCGAGGCGGGGGCGGGUGAGGAGGGGGUGACGCCGGACACGUCGACAGCGCGAGGGUUCGCGCGUGAGCUGCGCGGGUCGGGCCUGGUACCGAGCUUUGCUGGGGGCUAGCAGGUCGUGGACGCCGGCUCCUGGAGGAGCGCCGGGAGGAGGGAGGUGAAGGUGUCCACGGCGUCGUCGACGGCGGCGCCGGCCAUGGAGGAGACGCAGCCGCCGCCGCAGCCUAAGCUGCCCCUGUGCGACAGCCUCAUGAUCUGGCUGCAGACAUUCAAUACUGCUUCACCUUGUCAAGAUGUCAAACAGCUGACUAGUGGAGUUGCCAUGGCACAAGUUCUUCAUCAAAUUGAUGCAGCUUGGUUUAACGAACCUUGGUUAAGUCGAAUUAAAGAGGAUGUUGGGGACAACUGGAGAAUAAAGGCCAGUAAUUUAAAGAAGGUCCUUCAAGGAAUUAUGAGUUAUUAUCAUGAGUUUUUGGGGCAGCAGAUUUCAGAAGCACUUAUCCCUGAUUUAAACCAAAUAACCGAAUGUUCAGAUCCAGUGGAGCUUGGGAGGUUGCUCCAGCUUAUUUUAGGUUGUGCUAUCAACUGUGAAAAGAAGCAAGAACAUAUUCAAAAUAUAAUGACACUGGAAGAGUCUGUUCAACAUGUGGUCAUGACUGCUAUUCAAGAGUUGAUGAGUAAAGAAAUACUGAGCUCUCCUCCAAAUGAUGCUGUUGGAGAAUUGGAGCAACAGCUUAAAAGAGCCUUGGAAGAACUUCAGGAAGCACUAGCAGAAAAAGAAGAGCUGAGGCAAAGAUGUGAAGAAUUGGAUAUGCAGGUGACUACACUUCAAGAUGAAAAGAAUUCACUGGUUUCUGAAAAUGAGAUGAUGAAUGAAAAACUUGACCAGUUGGAUGGCUCUUUUGAUGAUCCAAACACAGUGGUUGCAAAAAAGUAUUUUCAUGCACAAUUACAACUAGAACAAUUACAGGAAGAAAACUUCAGGCUUGAAGCUGCAAAAGAUGAUUACCGUGUUCACUGUGAAGAACUUGAAAAGCAGCUAAUCGAAUUCCAGCAUAGGAAUGAUGAAUUGACUAGUCUUGCGGAAGAAACAAGAGCCCUGAAAGAUGAAAUAGAUGUUCUUAGGGCUACUUCUGAUAAGGCAAAUAAACUGGAGUCAACAGUUGAGAUAUAUCGUCAGAAGCUACAAGAUCUGAAUGACCUUCGCAAGCAGGUGAAAACUUUACAGGAAACCAACAUGAUGUAUAUGCAUAAUACAGUCAGCUUAGAAGAAGAAUUAAAAAAAGCAAAUGCAGCACGUACACAAUUAGAAACAUACAAAAGGCAGGUUCAAGAUCUUCACGUUAAACUUUCCUCCGAAUCCAAGAGGGCAGACACACUAGCAUUUGAAAUGAAGCGGCUUGAAGAAAAACACGAAGCUUUACUUAAGGAAAAAGAGAGACUAAUUGAGCAGCGUGAUACUUUGAAAGAAACAAAUGAAGAGCUUCGAUGUUCGCAAGUACAACAGGACCACCUAAACCAAACAGAUGCGUCUGCUACAAAAAGUUAUGAGAAUCUUGCUGCUGAGAUUAUGCCAGUGGAAUAUAGGGAGGUGUUUAUUCGACUGCAACAUGAAAAUAAGAUGCUUCGCUUACAGCAAGAAGGCUCUGAGAAUGAACGUAUUGAGGAACUUCAGGAGCAGCUAGAACAGAAACACCGUAAGAUGAAUGAACUGGAAACUGAGCAGAGGCUGAGCAAAGAGCGUAUUAGAGAAUUGCAGCAGCAGAUUGAGGACCUCCAGAAGUCUUUACAAGAACAAGGUUCCAAGUCUGAAGGCGAAAGUUCCAGCAAAUUAAAGCAGAAGUUGGAAGCUCAUAUGGAAAAACUCACAGAGGUCCAUGAAGAAUUACAGAAGAAACAAGAACUCAUUGAAGAUCUUCAGCCAGAUAUAAAUCAAAAUGUGCAAAAGAUCAAUGAACUUGAAGCUGCUCUUCAGAAGAAAGAUGAAGAUAUGAAAGCAAUGGAAGAAAGAUAUAAAAUGUACUUGGAGAAAGCCAGAAAUGUAAUAAAAACUUUGGAUCCCAAGUUAAAUCCAGCAUCAGCUGAAAUAAUGCUACUAAGAAAGCAGUUGGCAGAGAAAGAGAGAAGAAUUGAGAUUCUGGAGAGUGAAUGCAAAGUAGCAAAAUUCCGUGAUUAUGAAGAAAAACUCAUUGUUUCUGCCUGGUAUAAUAAGAGUCUAGCAUUCCAGAAACUGGGGAUGGAAUCUAGACUUGUGAGCGGCGGUGGUGCCUGCAAUGACACUGGUGCAUGCACUCCUGCGCGGUCUUUCUUAGCACAGCAACGGCACAUCACCAACACCAGAAGAAAUCUCUCUGUUAAAAUCCCUGCUACAACAUCUGAUUAAACUGCAAAAAAAAAAAAAAAAAAAAACCACAUAAAAUAGAAGUGUCCUUAAAAUAUUUUGUACCUUUCAACUAACGACUAGAUUGAAAAAGAAGUUUAUGAUGCGGGAUAUCAGGUAUUUUAAAAUCAACAUGCAUCAAAUUAAUUUUGCCAGUUGACUUCUAAAACAAAGUAUGGAAUUAGCCAUCUCUCUGAGGGAGCACAUUUGAAUAAUUGGAGAUGCAAUUAUACACACAUUUCAAACAAACAUUUGUCUUUUGAGAGUAUUAUAAUUUCAAAUUGGCCUUGUAUAUUUUAGUUAAAUGUUUUCAGUUGUACUAGUAACUUAAUUUUCAAUAGCUAUUCAGUAAUACUUAAUCUUAAAACAUUAUCUGGAUUUGUUUAAUCUUUUUUUGUUUUUUGUUGAUUUAUAUAAAAACAGUCUUGAGGCAGGCACAUGCAGAACUAUGCAAGGGUGAUUUCUUUGACUUAAUAUAUAUAAGGCUUUACUUCUGUCUCCUAAUUCUUCCAUUAAAUGUGUACCUCUACCUUGUCAUGUCAUGGAAGAUACAACAUUUGGAAGAUUUGACAAUUGGAAUGACUUUGGAAUAAUAAAAUUGAUUAAUUGGAAAUUUUACAUAUUCUGAAAAUCUAAUCUCAUAGUUCUAAUUUGUACCUAUGGCAAAUAAGGGCUUCUGGAUAUCAUGUUUAAAAUGUUAAGCAUAAGAAAUAAACUGACAUUUGUAACAGGUGACUUUCUGAUGGAAAGUAAGCUAUAUAUAUAUAUAUAUAUAUAUAUACUUUUUGUGAAAUGUCUAUAUACUUUUUAAGGUAAUUAAUGAAGAUUUCAGUUAUUGCUUUUAAGCAUAAAAUUAUAUUUAGCUUCUGCUGAAAAACUGUAUCAUAUAAUAAUUUUGCUUCAUUGAAAAGGGAUGUUGCAGUGAUGAAACAAGUUGGGAUCAGUUUGAUUUUGUUUACUUAUUAAGGAGUUUAUCUUGGGCGCAGUUUGUGGUAUUCAGUUCUUUUCUGCCCAAAGCUCUUAUUUUCAAAGAUGUUACUUUUGAACUUUUGGGGUCAUUUUUAAAAGUUAGCACUUUUGAAUUUUAGUUGUGUUAAAUAUGUGCUGUCCUAUAUCAUAGCCAUGAGCCAUAUAUGACAAUUUAAAUUUAAUUAAUUAUAAACUCAGUUUCUUGGUUGCAGCAGCCACAUUUCAGAUGCUCAAUAGCCACAUGUGGCUAGUGGGUACCAUAUUGGACAGGGCAGCUAUAGAAUAUUUCCAUCAUUGCAGAAAGUUCUAUUGGAUAGCACCAUAAUAAAUCUUUUUAUAGUAACUUGGAAAUACUAUUUGAUAUUAGAUGUUAGACCACAAAAAGAAGAAAAAUGUUAGGACUAUUUCAGAUACAAAAAGGAACUGAAUUGUGACAUAAUUAGCAUCUUACAUUCCAUACAGUUGAAUACCUUAUGCUGUGACAACCAUAGUUAAUCAUUUCAGUGCUGUUCAACAUACAUACCUAUCAGCAGUGUGUCUAGACCUGGGGUCAGCAAACUUUCUGUGAAUGGACAAAGAGUAAAUAUUUUAGUAAAUGUCUUAGGCUUUGUGGGCUACAUGAUCUUUGUUGCGAGUACUCAACUCUGCCGUUAUAGAAUUAAAGCAGCCAUACGCAAUAUAUAAACAAAAUGGGCAUAGUUGUGUUUCAGUAAAACUUUAUUUACAAAGACAGGUGGUAGGCCAGAUUUGGCUUGCAUGCUGUAGAGCUGUGGUCUAAAUUUUAUUCAUAGACUUUCUUUGCAAAUACAGUGUGAGUAUUGUUCCAUUUACAGUAUUAUUAUUUUUUAGAUAUCUGGUUUUUAGAUUCUUGCCUGGUAACUUUUUACUGAAAAUACAAGAAUUUCAUACUGCAUUUGCAUCUCUGAGAUUAGGGAGCACCUGUCAGGAUAUUUUGUUCUAUCAGGGUUACUUCUGUUGACUACCUCUUAGAUUUUGAUACAGUUAUAUUGUUGAAUUUCAUUUUCAUAUAUUCUUGUAGUGUCUGCUUGCCUGUGACUUCUGGUAAAAUAAGCCUUUGAAAAUAUUUUAGCAUGGUAUUUAACAUUUUCUAAAUAUUAUGACAUUUUGACAUAUUUUAGUCAGUGAAGACAUCUGCCCCUUUGGUGUUUCUACUUGCUUAUGAUUGAGAUUUUACAAGCCCUUCAAGCUCCGUUUUAAAGGAAUUUAUUGUAAAACAUUAACUUUAAUAAAUUAGUGUUUUCACAGAUCAGAUCAUUAUACUUGGAAUUUCUAAAUCAUGCAAUUUCUGAAUAAGGACAUAAGGCUAGAUUCAUUUUUCUUAAUAGAGAAAAAGGAAAUUUCUGAUUUAUCACUUUUCUAGUUGGUAAGUAGAAUUCAAAACGUUUGAUAUGUAAGUAUUUAUAUAAGACUAAUGUAAUUCAAAGUUCUGUAUUAUUGUGAUUAAUCAUGCAGAAAUUCAGGAACUGAUCAGAAGUGAGAUUCUUUUCCACAUCUGGUUAAUGUAGUGAGUUGACACCCUGUGGGUGGUAAAGCAUUAUAAACAUUUCAUCUGGAACCAUGAUUUGUACACAUCUGUGUUGUAAGGGAGGCUUGAGUACAUACACCAAUAAAGAGAUAUUCAGCAUUUGUCUAUUUAAUAAGGAAUUAAAUGUCUUAGUGAUUAUAAAGUAAAACCACAGACCAAUUUGGAAAUGAUCUUGAAUGUUAAGCACUUGCUCUAAGAUUAAAAUUCCUUUUCUUUUUAAGGUUAAGGGUGUGUACAUAUGGCAGUGAUGUCUAUGUUGAGAUUAACUUAUGUAUUGAGAAAAAUUUGAAGUUUAUUUUUUCAAUGAAUAAGGCUGUCAAAUGAUUUAGUAUAGAUUAAUGAUGUCUUUUUUAGAAAUAUUAAAGUGAGUAUUCCUCAUUAUGUCAUCAUUUCUGAUAAUUAGAGUGCUAAUUUGAAUGUUAGAUAAUGUUUCCACAUCUAUACCUAUUUCUUUCUAGGGGCACACCUGACCCUGGGGCUUGGGGGUGGCUUUUAGGCCACAGUAGUGUCUGCGUUAGGUUUUCUAAAUGUGUUUUUCAUGAGAAAUAUUCCUAUGUAAAAACGUGUGUAUAUGAAUAUAUGCAUACAUUCUUAUUGUGCACCUGUACAUUGUAAAGAAGUAGUUUGGAAAUUUGUAAAACACAAACCAUAAAAGAAAAUAGUGUGGAGUUAUUAAAUGAUGUAGCACAAAUGUAAUGUUUAGUUUAUAAAAGGUCCUUUCUAUUUUCUAUGGCAAAGACUUUGACACUUGAAAAAUAGAACCAAUAUUUGAUUUAUUUUUGUAAGUAUUUAGGAUAUUAUUUUAAAUAAAUGAUUGUCCAUUAUCAAUAUAAUAGUGAAAUGAUUUAAGUAAAUAAACUUUAUGCUUCUGUG